AAAAAAAAAGAAUAUUUAAAACACAGAAAUAAUGCGUAAACUAAAUGCAAUGUUAUUUGGUCUCUUUGAUUUUUGUUUUCUUCUCUUCUUCUUUUACCGACACCUAUACACAUAGACGAUCCAACAUCCAACACGCACGUACGCAUACGUAUGCUCGCUCGUUUCAUCCCCUACUAUUGUUCCUUCCACAACCUUCUGUUACAGCACGAUGCACCGUUUACGAGCGUUUACGCGCUUGUGUCUGUCUCUGCAGGAUUUCGAGCACGAAUAACACGUUCUGCUUUUCAUCCACAGGGGGUCUUCGUGUAUCAAAUGUAUACCUACGAGCCGGCGAAAUAUGGUGAGUACGUCUUUCCUGGUUGGGCGAACAUGAUUGGAAUACUGAUCGGAGUAUCUACCAUAGCGCCAUUCCCGAUCUUUUUCUCCGUACAUCUUUGGAAGUUAUUGAGGGACAGCGAUUUAUUCCGACCGACUGAAUCCUGGGGUCCAGCCAUCAAAAGGGACAAUUCGGAUACUAAUAGUAUCAUAACAACAUUCUCGUAGUAUCUUAACAAACUCUUAAUGGAUGAUUUAACGAAUGGAUCAACUAAUUUCUAUUAAAUAAUCUUAUAUUAUAAAAUUGUUCAAGUAUUAGUAUUAACAGUGCGGAACAACUGGCACACGUACGUUAUUAAGAUGAAGAAAAUCUGUCUAGCAUAGCUCUCGGCAUAGUAAAUCUUAUUUCAUUA